AUUUUGACCAAUGACAACCACAUGCUAUACCAUAAGGAUCUUCGACAGUCGUUUGUCCGCUGGGUGCGAGAGAGCGUGGUAAGGGCAACAGCACCUGCCAUCUUGCUGACGCGAUGAACUCUACGGGUGAUAUAUGGCAUGUCGACUACACACAGAAGAGACUGGAGCAGGCAGCGCAAGGGUGGAGCAGCAUCGCCCUUGUCUUUAGCGUCAACUGCUGCAUGUUUGCCGUGGCGUGCGUCCUGUUUCGGUUAUCCCGGAGCAGUCGCACAAGUCUCUUCUUCAUGGGCGCGACAAACUCCAACUUUGCCGCGUAUCCGUUCAACCAACCACACAUGACAGAAUGGCAGCACUUCGUGGCGUUCCUAUCCACCCCGAACGACGUGUCGUCGCUCCAACAAGCCGUCGGCGACGAAGGUGCGUUCUACCUGACGUUCCAAGUGUACGCGCUCAAGAUGGUGCUGGCCAUGACUGCGUUUGCGUUCCUCGUGCUCAUUCCUACGUACGUGCUGUGCGCACCGACGUCAUUGGCGGCCUUCAGCACCAUGACCAUUCGCGCCGUGCCGGACAAGUCGCCCUUACUCUGGGUGUCCGUCGCGAGCUGCUACGUGUUUUCGGCCAUGUAUGCGAUCUUCCUCACGCAGUUGGGUUAUCUGUGCAACAACAAGGACCCGACCAACACGAAUCUGCUGUGCAUGAUCCCGUCGGAACUCAGUGCCAAGACCGUGCUCGUCGAUGCCGGCGCGCCCAAGUGCAUGUCUCCUGAACGCACGUUCUACCUCCUUGAUCAAAUCUUCCCAGGAUUGAUCUCUCAUGUGGCCGUCGUGUACGACUUGACCGAGUACAAGCGCAGCCACACGAUUCGCAUUGCCAACGAAAACACCGUCGACCGCCUCACGCUGCUCCUCACUCGAAAACAUCGAGGAACGUUGCCAUGGUAUGUUCACCUGUUUCACGAGCCUCGGUCGUACCUCUCGACGACGUCGCUGGCGUCGCAAAUCCAAUCGCUGCAGCGGGAUAUAGACAAGCGCCACAGCCAUGAGAUCCGCUCCAUCCAGAGCAUUCUGACCACCCACCGCGGCACCGGCCGAGUAUUUAUCAUCUUCAACGACCCCAAGGCCAAGGCGCGGUUCGUGCGCAAGAUCCAGCGGCGGUCCACGACCCACCUCGUCGCCCGCACGCCCAAGCAGCAUCACGCCACUCUUCGCCAAAAGAUUCACGAACUGUCGUUGCUGUCGUGGCACCUGGAGCUGGCCCCCGAACCCGACGACCUGGACUGGCACUUUAUCUCGUACCAUCGCGCCAAGCGCACGGCGUUGACGGCGCUCAUCUACACGUUCUUAACCGUGUUCAUCGUGCUGUUCACGUCGCCGCUCGCGGUCACAAGUGCGAUUGCCUCUGGGACAUAUGCAGGCACGGCCAAGUCGUUGAAUGACUUGGUGAUGCAAACCAAGGAAUGGGCGGCCAAUUUGUCUCCGGCCAUGGCCAACGUCACGGCGUCGUAUGUCCCUACCAUGAUACUGGUCAUGAUCAACGCCGUGCUACUCAACGUGAUUUUGCACGCGGGACGCAUGCAACCAAAGUGCACCGACUCGGCCAAAGAAAAGAGCAUUUUGCACUACAGUGCCGUGUAUUUGAUCUUCAACACACUCGUCGUACCGAGUUUUACCUUUGUGUCGAUCAACGCGCUGCUUCAGCACUUUAUGGGCCAAGGCCAGCAGGUCCUCGAGAUGUUUGAAAUGCUAUUUCUCAACAAUUCGGGCGUGUUCUUCGUCAACUACGUCAUUCAACGCGCGUUUGUUGGGACGGCCGUGGCGGCGCUGCGACUGUCCGAGGCAGGCCAAAUGUGGUGGAAAGUCAUGCGGGCUAUGACCACCGCAGAGUACGACGACGCCGUCCGACCUUGGAAUUUUUACACGGGCACCCAGUCGGCCCUACAAAUCAGUGUGCUGGUGGUGAUUGUCGCGUUCAGUACGGUCGUGCCUGUGAUUUUGCCGUUUGGAGCGUUCUACUUGAGUGUGCAGCACGUCGUGGACAAGUUGGUCGUGCAUGUUUAUUCGAGGAUCUCAACCAACUAACUCAUGACGGAAUAUGAUAAACAAUGGUUAGAUACGCGUUGCUGUACGUUCGCCCCAAGAUCAAGGGCAAAGGCGCCAUUGCCGCGACGUCCACCCACGCGAGUAUGUUUGCGCUGGUCAUCUACCAAUGCGCGAUGGCUGGGUUCUUUCUGGUUCGAGGCACAUGGCAUCAAAUCGCGGCGGUGGUCGCGCUCUUGGUCGUGUCUAGUGUGUUCAUGCUUUGGCAGUACAUUCGAGACAAAGGCCAGCUGUACCGGGCGGUGGGCCAGCCGUACAAACCCGAGCAGACGAUGCUGCUCAGCCCAAAUUCUAAAUGUGUCGACAUGUACCGCGACCCAGUGCUGCGGCUGUUGGAUGCCACGACGAGGACCCAGAGCGAGCGGUAUGGGUCGAUUGUGUUGCCGUAAACACAUUCUGGCACGGCCAUAACUCGAAUACAUUUCUGUGCUUUGACACAUGGUAGAUAUUUCUAGGAAUAAAUAUAUAUACAACAAAAACGUAAAUUAGAAA